CGUCAACUUCAAACAACCUCAGCAAUUAUACCCAAAGACGGUGGAAUUGCCCAAAUGCAGGGAACCACGAUGACUUCAUUGUUUGGCCUUCCAGACGAGGUCAUAUUAACUCACUUGUUGGAAUCAUUUCCUUGUCGAGAGCAUCAAAUCCGCUCCCUAGCAACGCUGCUGCAUCCCAAUGCAGCUCCUUGUCGAAAUCUUGUCGUUCACGGCGCAACGGCUACAGGCAAAUCCACCAUCACCUCUAGACUCGUCUCCGAUCUCGUUACCAGUAUUAAUAGCGAUGAAUCCUCAGGGGGUCUACAAGCUGCUGUCGUCAACUCUGUACAAUGCAUCACAGGACGACAUCUCUUCGAACGCAUAGUUGGCCAGGUCGCUGAGGCGCUGCAGUGGGAGGAGGCACCUCGACGAUGCGAAACGCUGGCGCAGUUGACGGUUGAGAUGGUCAAGAUGAUUCAGUAUCCAAAGAGGGAUGCGAGGUGGCGUUUUAUCUUGGUGCUGGAUGCCAUUGAUCGACAAAGAGAUGCCCCGGUCACAUUGCUACCGGCUCUGGCGAGGUUAUCAGAAAUUAUUCCAUGCCUCACCUGCGUCUUCAUAGUCACAUCUCCGCCCGCUGGCUUCCUACGGUCACCUUCGUCAGCGCAUCUUCUUUUUCCUCCCUACGAAAAGAAAGAAUUCGUUCGCAUCCUCUCGCUCACGCCACCGAAAUCGAUUGCUACAUGCACGCAGCAAGAAACCACCGAUCUCUGGACUCGAUUCUGCGCCGCGGUUUACGACUCCCUCACAAAAUCAGCGUCUCGCACACUGCCAUCGUUUAAGCACAGCUGCCAUGCGCUUUGGCCGCGCUUCACAGCGCCCAUUCUUGCGGGGACACAUCUGCCGAAAGAGUUCUCGAAGCUGCUAAUCGCAGGAAGAGUGCAUUUCCAAGAUGAGUCUUUGCUCAACCCAAGCAUUGUCUCUAUUCAGACAAAGAAGAAGCCCAUUGAAGUCGCCGCAACCAAAACGACAGCCUCAGCAGCCGAUCUCACGAACCUCCUCCCCACAACAGCUCGUCUCCUGCUGCUAUCAGCUUAUCUCGCCUCCCACAAUGCAACCCGCCAUGAUCUCACACUCUUCUCGACAUAUCACCAUGGCCGCAAGCGCCGCCGAGGAGGCAUUGUUGCUCGGGGAGCCACACGGACGAAGCAUCGCAAGAUCGCCCGCAAACUCCUAGGCGCACACGCCUUCGUCCUCGAGCGAAUGAUGGCUAUCUUUGCCGCUGUACGACAUGAAUGGGCAGAUGGCACUGCCGUAGGCGCUGCCGGCCUCGAUGCAGAUGUAGCCAUGGCUGUAUCAACGCUUGCGAGCCUGAGACUGUUGACACGAGUAGGAGGUGCAGGAGAUGUCAUGGAUCGAGGAGGCAAGUGGAGGAUCAAUGUUGCAUGGGAGGUGAUACGAGGAAUAGGGCGAAGUAUAGGUGUCGAAGUUGAAGAAUGGCUGAUAGAUUAAUACCCGAAGUAUAUAGUAGACCGACCAGUAGGGCAUCUCUAUUAAAGCAUAACAUAUAUCAAGCAAGAUUUUAACCCAGAUCGUUAAUACGUCAUGCUCGAGUUGUGAUUGCAGGCCCAUCUAUUCCAAAUAGUCCAGCAUUAUCAUUCCAU